GGAAAACAAUAAUAAUAAAGUAGUAUUUGCUUCUAAACUUUUCACUGGCACUAGUCUUUUAAUGCGUUGAAGGUUUUAAUGCAGCAGGUCUUACUGUGAGUGUGACUAAAGCCUUGUGAUUGGAUUAUUGGCAAGAAGGGAGAAAUGAAAGGCAGAAGAGAAGUCACAUGAGAAGUCAGAUCUGUACAACCAGCCAUGCGUUAUAUUCUCAUCUAGAUCUCUAUCUAGAUCUAUACUACACUUCCAUACACUCAUUGACCCUGUAUGAUAAAAGAUAUACUGCGCAGACAAAGGUAGAAUUGAUAAGAAUUACUUUUACAUUUUGGAUGCCAACCAGGAAUGAAACCAUCUGAGUGAGGUGACGGAUUUUGCAUGGUACCCCUGUGAAGUAAGAUGAAUAUGUCACAUGCAUCCCACAAUCACCAUAAUGACAUGACCAUGUCACCUCCAAUCACAGACUCUCAUGGAGACCAUGUGCACCCCGACACAGGCCAUGGAGAUAUGAUGAUGCAAAUGACUUUCUACUUUGGCUACAAAAAUGUUGAGCUGCUAUUUGCUGGACUUGUCAUCAACACACCAGGAGAGAUGGCAGGCGCAUGCAUCGGUGUGUUCCUGCUGGCUGUGUUCUACGAGGGGCUUAAGAUCGGUCGUGAGGUCCUGUUGAGAAGGAAUCAGGUGAACGUGCGUUACAACUCCAUGCCUGUCCCAGGAGCAGAUGGCACCAUCCUCAUGGAGACCCACAAAACAGUUGGCCAGCGAAUGGUGAGUGUCGCUCACAUGCUUCAGACAGUUCUGCACAUCAUCCAAGUGGUGGUCAGUUACUUCCUCAUGCUGGUGUUCAUGACUUACAAUGGUUACCUGUGCAUCGCUGUGGCAGCAGGCGCAGGGGUCGGCUACUUCUUAUUCAGCUGGAAGAAGGCAGUGGUGGUGGAUAUUACUGAACACUGUCAUUAACCUCUCUACAAACCCCACGGCUGAUCAUCCCACUAUAUAUCCUCAAAAACCAAUCAAAACCUACAUCACAACAACUCUAUGUAAAUAGAGCAAUGUAUGAAUCAUAUAAUUCAUUUUGGAAAAUAGUGAAAAUCCACUCAUUUUAAAACUUGGCUCUAUUUUGAUCCUCUUCGUUUAAUACUAAAUAAAGUCCCGUCACCAUUUCGGUCACUUUGACAGUAGCAUGUAAUUUCCUCUAUAAUGUUGAAAUAGGUGUACAUAGCCUAACUGUCUACCUCCACGGUCACAAGUCACUUUGUUUAAUGUAAUGGUGUCUGACGUCCACUUCACAUUAAGGUGCUUCUGGGUUGUACGAUAGAGCCUUACUAACCCCUUUGCCUUAAAUGAGGGAAAACACACAGACACCCAAGAGGCCAACUGUAGACUCUAAAAGCCAAACUAGAUCUGGUAGAGCCAGUAUAAAAGCACUGGUGAUUUUAUUCAAGGUUGGGUUGGGAUGCUACGGCUGACUAUACUUUACCAAGUGUUUCUUUAUUUGAGCUGCUGGGGGAAACAAAGAAACAACCGUUAAUGAGUGACCAUUGUUUCGACACUUGAUUGAAAUGUUGACUCCUGUUGUCAUGUGAUGUUUGCACAGGGAAAGAGUGGUUUUCUGCAACUCUGUGUUGGCAGAGUUGAAGUCAAACUUUGCUCCGUUGGAGUGCUUUAAAGUAAAUAUCUGGGGGGAUUGUUGCAAAAUAAAUUAUAUCUGAUGUCAGUGUCACCGUCAAGAUUUCUUUUUAUAAUUUAUAUUUUUAACACACUACUACAUAACGACAAUGUAUUUGAUAUCAAAACAUUUUUUUUUUUAUUUGGCAAUCUGUAGAUCCUUUUAUUUUUCUAAUAUCUUUUAAAUGAUUGUGUUGUAUCGCAUAAAAGGCAUGAAAUUGAGUAAAUCAUGAGCUAUUACAAAUAUUAUGGCCACUACCCUGAUAGUCCCUGGGUCCCAUAAUGUGAUCAUUAUGGUUUUUGAUAUUUACUCUCUUUAAUUGUAAAGGAGUGUGCCUUUGUCAUACUGGACCCAAUUAACUUCAAUUUAAGUGCCCAAGAAUGCCUGUUCUUUUUUGCUUAGUGAAAUUAAUUUUCUGUAAUAAUUUUGAUAGACCUGUUUUAAUUAAAAGCUGUUUUUAUAAUUUCAGAAGAAAAUGUAGUUAUGUGUUUGUACCAGUCAUCAAUUACAAUUCGUGGCACUGGAUUUUAGGAUCCAUAAUAUUCUCCAUCACAGGGCUUUGGCAUAUUAAAUCUGGGAUUGUUUUAAACAAUAUAGUAGCAAACGGUGUUUGAGUGGUCUGUUUUUUUUUUUUUGUAAACAGGUUUCACAAUUUGGCUAACAAUAAAGUGGGUCAAGGCCAUGUGUAGAAGAAUUUAACCUUAUUUCCAGUGUUGCGGUAGUGUUAACAUUUCUUAGUCUGUUUACAGUUCAGUCAUGUCUGUUGUAUUGUAAACAUUACUGCAAUCGUUUAAAGUAAAUGGCAAAUAAAUAUUGUAUGAUUUGAAGUAUAAUUGUUGUGACUA